UCCCACACUGCCACCUCACUUUGUCCCUCUCUUCCCUCAAACUCUCUCCUUCUCUCAUCCUUUCCCGUUCUCUGUCUCUUUUUCUAUCUCUUUCUCUCUGUCUGCAAAUGCAAAGAAUCCCAAGACCCCCACACACGGCGUUGCUCCGGCAAGGUCCAUCAUCCACCAUCAUCUCCAACGAGCAUAACGACCAUAAACCCGAAGCCACAUCAUCUCUUAGUCGUGAAGCUGCAUACCCAUAUCUCGAGUUUCCAACACAAACCCAGACUAUGACCUCCAUGUUUCCCGGUGAGAACCUCGAAAAUUUUCCAUGUGGAGAUACUCUUCCCCGGUUUUCCGAUGAUGUAUGCCGUGAGUUGCAGACCUUUUCAGGCCAACUUCGACCACAGGUGACUGGAGGGGAAGUGCUUUCAUAUGGUGGUAUUGCAAUCUUGCACCCACUGUUCCCACUAACUUUGGGUUGCACUACUGCAUUCGUAUCGACCCACACAAUAUUCGUCGUUGUGCUUUCAUAUGGUGAUAAUGCUGCUGCAAAUUCAUCUUCUGUUCCCGACGAACCCAAUUACCACUACUGCUUGUUGCUAGACCACGAAACGAGAUGACAUUGAACUACUUCAGUCAUUUUUUGCCUUACCAAACUCACACGUGUCGCGAUCUGACCAACUUGUGUCGUGAUCUGAUAAACCCAUGAAUUUGAUUUUGCAUUAACACACCCACCAGGCAUGCUGCGACACCUCAUUUCUACCCGCAUCGAGUCCAUUCCACUUUGUCCCACAGAAGAAAAAAAAAACAAGAGAUAAGGGAAAAGAAAAAACGAAAGGGAAAAAAAAAAAAAAAGAGAAAAAAAGUUUUGUUGAUAAGAAAGUAUUUGUUGUUAUUCUAGCCUAAAAGGGUGGCGUGAGAAAGGUUGAUGUUGUUUGGCCUGUAUAUAGAGUAUGUUGCAACUAUCUAUCACAACAACUACUCAAGUGCUUGGAUUGGUGGUCAUUUUAGUGAUUGUUGUUAGAGUUUCUAAAGUUGUAUACGUGGUUUUAAAUUUGACCUUAUGUUCGUUUGUUGUUGUACUUGUUGUAUGAGAAUCUUGUUCGUUUAAUGGUAGGGGAGCAUUCAUAUGUUUCAUUUCUAUAUUCCCAACAUCUAAUUGCAUGAAUAUGCCUACCCGAAUAUGCUACAAAGUAUGUUUGCCUUACAAUAUCUAUAUGUUGGAGAACGCCAAAUAGAAUAUGAUUGCCUCCAUAUCCACCUAAGAGCCCUUCCACCGGGCUCUUUUGUCCUGUGGACAGGCCCCAUUUGCAAUCCAAUCCCCUACCAAAGUGCCCGCCAGCCCAUUCGGGCGAUUGGAUUAAGGGGGAGCCCGUGGGAGAGCUCAGGCACAAGUCCAAGGCUCGAGCGCUUGAGGGAGAGUGAUGCAAGUAUAAAAAAUUUUGCGUCAGGUGUGUGUAUAACACACACGAGUGGGGGCGCGUUACCGAUAAGAUUUCAGGCAGUGGGGCCCACGUUGCAGCCCACUAAAUAGCAGUUGAAUCUGGACCGUUUGAUUUCUAGAUCAACGGUCUAGAUUUUUCCAUUGAAAAAAUUAAAAAAUAUGAAAAAACAUAAAUAUUUCGAGGGGCACGUUUCAUAAUCUGCACUGUUGGAUUUCAAAUUUUUUUAUAAUCCAACAAUUUAGCUAAAUUAAGUUAAUAAAAUUUUAAAAAUAAUUAAAAUCUGAAAAAAUUUCAAAAAAAUUUCAAAAAAUUAUAAUUUUUUUUUUUCUAUAAAUACCUUACCAUUUUCUCCUACCUUACACCACAUUUCAAUAUUUUCAACAAUUCUAAACAUGGAAGGACAUGUCAUGCAACAAAAUUGGUUAAAAAUCUUAUCGAAAUAUAUUCAAAAAUUGUACUUUCAGAUAAUGAUACAUGGACGUGACGAGAUCAGUUAUCCGAAUUAAAAAAUAAAUUUUUUUUUAGAACAUAAAAAAUACUAAUAUUUUAUUGUCUAUUGCCAUGGUUAUUCAGUUUAAGGGUAGAGAUGCAAAAGACAAUUACUAUUCAUUAAAGGCAGUUACUAUUCACUGGAGGGGAUUGAAUUACCUAUUGCCAAUGGGUGCCUUUGCACACUAGAAGUGCUCUAACGGAGCAUGCAUUCGCAUUUGUUUGUUGUCAAACUCAUGUCGUUUAGAUGACAUAUAGAAGCAAAACAAAUACACAAUUUACCUUCCCAUAAGCAAGAUAAAUUACUACGUAAUAUAGGAAAACAUAUAGAAGCAACCUAUGAUAGAGAUAGAUAAUAAACAGAAAAAUAUAAUCUACCUAUAAUAGAGGUAGGUUAUAUAACAAAAUCUUGUGAUAUAGGUAGAUUAAUAUCGGCCAUGAAAUCAAUUAAUUUGAGUAAAAAUACAACUCAAAUGAAGAUCCAAUUUUGACCAUGAAAUUAACUAAUUUAACACAACAAGCAAUUUGAUGAAAGAAGCCAACCGACCUUGUUAGACAAAUAAGGAAUGGUUGGAGUCCUUGUGUAAUUGUAUAUAAUAUUAUUAUUGGAAGAAUAAGCCGUCCUA